AUGAUGGAAAUAACUUUCACUUGUAUAACAUGCAAAGUAAAAUUUGCUAAUGGUGAUCUUCAAAGAGAUCAUUAUAAAAGUGAAUGGCAUCGUUAUAAUUUAAAAAGAAAGGAAGCUGAUUUACCUCCAAUAACAUUCAAAUUAUUUGAAGAAAAGAAAGAACAAUUUACUGUACAAAAAAAACAGGAAAUUAUAAAUUCUACAACACAAGUAAAUACUUAUUGUGCAGCUUGUGGAAAAUUAUUUAAAUCAAUUAAUUCAUACAAUACACAUAUAAGUUCAAAAAGACACAAGGAAAAUGAAAUUAAAUUUAAAGAAAAACAACAAGAUACUGAAUCUGCUAUUGUUUAUACAGUUUCUAAGAAAAAUAAAGCUAUUGGAGUUACAAAAACUAAUGAUGUUCAUAUGAAUGAAAUUCAAAAAGACAAAGAAGAUAUGAUAAUAUCAGAUGAAGAUAACGAAAAUUCAGAAGAAGUUAAUGAUGAUGAUGAUAUUAAUGAAGAAGAUGCAAUACCUACAACAUCUUGUCUAUUCUGUACCAACAAAUAUAAAACAUUUGAUGAUAACUGGAAUCAUAUGAAAACAGUUCAUGGAUUUUUCUUCCCUGAUAGUAGAUUUGUUUCUGAUAAUGAAGCUUUUGUUGAAUUCUUAGGAUAUAAAAUAGGUUGUGGUAGAUUCUGUAUUUAUUGUCCUGAAACAAGGAGUCGUUUCCCAACAAUUGAAUCUUGUAGGCAACACAUGGUUGAUAAGGGACAUUGCAAAAUUGAUAUUGAUGGUGAUAAAAUUAUUGAAUAUUAUGACUUCUAUGAUUAUAGUCCACUUUUCGAUGAAAAUGAUGAGGAAUAUAUUAAUCAGGAUAAUCCAAUGAUUGAUGAAGGAUAUUCGUUAAUUUUACCUUCUGGUAUUGCUGUUGGACAUAGAUCAUUACAAAAGUACUAUAGACAAAACCUUAGACAUUCAAAUGAAUUAGUAGUUUAUUCAGGUAACCAUGAUAAUAUCAAAAAGUUUUCAAAUAUGAAAGCUAUUGGUACUGGUGAACCAACAACUCCAGAGAUUAAAUCACGUGCCAGAGAUAUGAAAUUCUUGAGAAAACUUAAAGAAAAAUACAUUAUGCAAUUAGGUAUUAAAAGUAAUAAGCUGUUUAAAUCUAAAGGAGCUCAAGGACAAGCUAGAAAUUAA